AUGGAUAAGUUCAUUAUAAGGAAACGCCAAAGAACUCCGCCUGCGGUUGCUAGCAGAAGCUCAGGGAACAUACACACUGCUGGAAACUUCACCACCGGAAAGUUUGAUGAUGAAGAAGACUCAACAGACAUAAAGCUUGCUAAACUUGCGUCCAUUUUUCCAGACGUGAUACCGGGAGAAUUACUUGACCUUCUCAUUGCGAAUGAUGGAUCUAUCGAAUCUACUACGACAUCACUCCUGGAACAUGGAAUGGCAAGAAAGAAAGCUAAACAUGUAGCCAGCAACCCCGCCUCUAUACAAAGCUCUCUGCCGUCCUAUAAUAUACGGCUCAAUUCUGAUCAGGAUACCCGUAUACCCGGUUUACUUCCAACUCGUAAAGGCAAAACGCUUUACCUCUAUUCGCCAGACGACAUAUCACGGUACACAUCCUGUACAGUGAUACAUAAUUUUCUCUCCCCGUCCGAUGCUACAGCACUGUUGAAAGAGCUCCUCGAGGAAUCGCGAACUUUCCAUCGGCAAAAGUUUCAAAUUUUCGACAAUGUUGUAUCAAGUCCUCACUCCGCUGGAUUCUACGUUAUGACCGAAGAGGAACAGAAAGAACAGCAAUCUCAAUAUUCAUACUAUGGGAGUCUCCGAAAUGACGUUCGCAAAGUCACACCAGAGCUACAGAGAGUUUCAGCUAUCGUCAAGACCGCCGUGAACCAGGAGAUAGAGAAGCGGGUUAAGUCCUAUUAUCCUAAUGGGAAAAGGCUAAAGUAUCAGUCUCCCAAGGAGUGGGAGCCCAAUGCGGCAUUUGUUAAUUGUUAUGAUGGCCCUGCGGAGAGCGUGGGAUAUCACUCUGAUGAAUUAACGUACUUGGGCCCCAGAGCAGUGAUUGGUAGCCUAAGUCUCGGUGUAGCAAGGGAGUUUCGGGUGCGAAGAAUCGUUCCCCCUGAUGAUGAGGAGGAUGGGGAUGAUGAUAAAGAUAAUAAUGGAAAUGCUGAUCAGAGCCAUAACCCCAGUUCAGCCACUGGCAGAGAGAGAAUGUCAAAGUCUAAUCUUUCCCGAGCCGAUAUACAGGGCCAAAUCUCAAUUCACCUGCCGCACAACUCUCUUCUGGUGAUGCAUGCUGAGACUCAAGAGGAAUGGAAGCAUAGUAUUGCUCCAGCGCAAACUAUCUCACCUCAUCCUAUAUCGGGUAACAAACGCAUUAAUAUCACGUAUAGGUGGUAUAGAGACUCUCUACAUCCGAAGAAGACUCCCCGGUGUCGAUGUAAUAUGCCGUGUGUACUACGGUGCGUACAGCGGAGGAAAGAAACCCGAGGGAAAUACAUGUGGAUGUGUUACUCUAGUUAUGCGCCAGGCAAACAGUCUUGUUCUUUUUUCCAGUGGGCCAAAUUCGACGAUAAUGGUGAGCCAAUUUGGGAUGAGAACGAUACCAAUAAGGAACUCUAG